AUGAAUUUCAAGUUCAAAGAGACGCAUACCUUUGAGCAAAGACAACAGGACUCUUCAAAGAUAAAGGCCAAGUACCCUAAUAGAGUUCCGGUCGUCGUGGAACGUCAUCGUCAUUCACAAAUACCCGAUAUUGACAAACAUAAGUUUCUUGUUCCGGACGAUGUUACAGUUGCUCAGUUUAUGUGGAUCAUUCGAAAACGUAUUGAUAUCUCAUCAGAAAAAGCCCUCUUUCUUUUUGUUGAGAAGAAUAUGCCGCAAACAAGUGCCACAAUAGGUCAACUGUAUCAUAACUUUCACGAUGACGAUGGUUUUCUAUACAUAAGCUACAGUGGGGAGAACUCUUUCGGCUCCGGUUUAUAGCUUUAUAUUUUCGAAACAAGAUAUUUUUCUGUACUUGUGAAAAUGAAUGUUUAGUUUAAUAUGAAUAUACCUAAAUUAUUUUCAGCUUAAGUUUGCUAACUUUAAAUAGUUUCUUUUUUCAUCUAUCCUCCAAAGCAACAGUGUUGUUUACUAAUUAUGUGUUUUUUAAUGAGCUUGGAAGUUUUUCCUGUUUAUCUUCCGAUUUGUUGACCGUUCUGCCUCUUUUGUCAGAUUUAUUCUUAUAUAUUAUCGGUUUUUGGUUCAGCGGUUGUGCACAAAUGUGUUGUUUAAAAAAUCUAAGCACAAUGGGCUUUGAUACGAAUCAAUAACUAAUGUUAUUCC